UGGUGCAUGCCGGGUGCUGUGCGCCAGGAAUGUGCAGGGUACAAGGUAAACACCAGCGCCAUUUUGUCUAGUCUGGGUUUACCGACUUCUCUUAGCUCACAGGGAAAAUUUUCCAAACCUUUUUCUUCGCCGUCCAGCUCCGAGAAAUCGCCAACAGAUGGACGUGCGGUGAAACGGAGCACUUCCAUGGCGUCUGAUGACAUCGACAACUGUUAUGACAUAUUAGGAAUAGAGCCAAAUGCUUCAGAGAGUGAGAUUCAGAAAGCCUACCUGACCGUUGCCAUCCAAUAUCAUCCUGAUAAAACUGAGAAUCAAGAUGGAAAGAAUUCAGCUACGUUUGAGAAGAUAAACGCUGCCUACAGGGAACUGAUACCAGAUGAAGAUGCAGAAAAUGUAGAUAGUGAUCAGAUCUUCUUCAACUUGCUGGAAGAGUUGCUGCUAUCAGACUCUGAGGUGACAGACGUGUACAGCUGGUUCUGCCAGCCUAGUCCAGGGUUCUCUCCAGAUGAUAUGUACAUAGAUGAUGUGGACGAUGACGCCGCAGAGAGGGGUUUUGACACCUUCAUGGAUAUCGUUCACAAUCGUAGGCUGAACGGUAAACAAGUUCCAGAAGGCUUCACAGAUGAAAAGUUGUCUUAUCUGAAAGACACCCUAGCAGAAGAGAAGGAAGCGCACAAGAGGGAGAACGCUAAAAGGCAGAACAGCAAGAAAUCCAAAACUGUACUUCCAGUGCCUGUUGCAAAGCCUAAACCAAAGUCAAAGAAGCAAUUAAAAGCAGAACAAAGGAGGAGGGAGAAGGAAAUGGAGGAGAUUGCCCAUGACCUUAAGGAAAAGGCAAAAGAAGAGGAAUUGAGAGCUGAAAAGAAAAAGCAACAGGAACUUGAGAAACAGCAGCGUCUUGAAGAAGAAUAUAUUAAAGCAGCUCAGGAAGAAAAAAAGCGAAAAGAAAAAGAGGCAGAAGAGCUUCGACUUCAGAUGGAAGAGGAGGAGGAGCAGCGGCAGGAAGAGGAACGCCGCAAACGUGAAGAGAAGAAAAAGAAGCAGCAACAGCUAAAGGCCAAGGCACAGGAGCUGAAAGCCAAAGAAGCUGAAUCUGCCAAGUCUCAGCCAUCCCAGGCCCAACCAGCCCAGCAGGCUGCCAAACGCCCCAGCUCCGCCCAGGGGCAGCAGCCGCCCCGCUACCCGAGGGAGGUCCCCCCUCGCUUCCAGCAGCAGGCCCAGAAACAGCAGCAUCACAAGCAGAAGCAACAAGGGGGCCAGGGCAAGAAGCAGCAAGAUUACUACAAAGGGUCUGGUGACAACGAUUUCUCCAUGUGGAAUGAUACAGGUAGCAGCUGGGACCGUGUUGUAGUGGAUGGUAAAGAUAAAGAGUCAUGGCCUUCAUUGAACAAUGAAUCAGAGACAACCUCAGAAGUAGAUGACUCUCUUUCUAAUGCUGGCUCUGACAAAUCUGCAUCCAAUUCCAGUAGCUUGCAAGGGCUAAGCCAACAUUCUGAUGGCCAGAGAGACGACUCGAGUCUGAGUCCGCGGGAUACAGACCUUUCUAGUGGAAAUGCCACUCCCAGUGCUUCCAGUUCUGGUCCAAACGAUACCAUUACAAAUGCCAACCCGAGAGGGAUGAACGGAAACACAGACAGUGUGUGGGGCAGUAGCAGUGCAAAGACAGUCAGUACAAGUGGAACAAUGAAUGUGUGGGGCAUGCAGGGUGCUGCUACAAGUGUUAGCAAUGUGAACUCAAGUGUGUGGGGAGGGAAUCCCCACGGCUUUCCAAAUGUGCAAAAUAAUGUCAACUCUGUUGCAAGAGAUGCAAACUCUGGGACCUCUAAUUCCAUGUUCAUGGGAAUGUGGGAUACGGACUCAAAUUCCGACGGGAAUUAUCAACAGAACGUGUUGCAAUUAGGGAGGAAAGAGGCUGCUCAACAGCAACCACCACCGCAUGUCUUUGGGGUACACAACGCCCUUCCUCAGACUAUCAACAAUCCUGGUUCAGGACCAAAUACUCAAAAUUAUGGCAACCCUCAAGUGAAUGCAAAUGCUGCAAUGGAAAGUGCUAAGUGUGAACUGCUGCCAGUCAGCAAUGGAUGGCUGGGUGGAUUCUCCACCGCAGGAGAACCCAACCCUGGAGCCCCUGGACACAACCUUGUGGACGGCCCCGCUGGCCACGGCGUGGGGAUGCCGCCGGCGUCCAACCCAGGAAACACCAGCGCUGCUUCUACAAACCCGCUGUUUGGAGGGAGUAACAUGAACACAAGUGUUGCAGGGACUGCUGAUUCUGCCAAUGCUGCCAAUAUUACUACUAAUAUGGGGAAUAAUCCGGGGAAUCAAUCAAGGACUGAACCAAAUGCCUGGAGUCGCCCCCUGUCCGGAGCGGACUGGGGCAACCCUGGCAGAGCUUGGGGCAAUACUAAUCCCACCCCCGGCGUAGGAGGAUCAGGUUGGGGUAGUCCACCCCCACAGAUGCCAAGUGCGGCACCUCAGGUCGGACCUUCUGGCUGGGGAGAUUCAAACCCUCGUUCGCAGGAAAACUCAUGGGCCAACGCAGCUAAGAAGGGGAUGGCACCCGAGAACUUUACUAACGGUGCUAAGACUCUCGCUAGGCCCAACCCCGACUCCGAGCUUCGGGCCAAAAUUGACUCUACCACGUCCUGGGGGAAAACCCCGAUCAAACAGGACACCGCGUGGGCUGUUGCAGAUUCCCCGGAGGAGAAACGUGCAGAUGAUGGGACUGCCAUAUGGGGGAGGCCAUCCGUGGCCAGUGGGGGGAGGGACUGGGAUGAUAAGAAUUGGGAUGAUAACAAAGGGAGUUCCUGGGGGGGUGGCGGUGGCGGCGGCGGCGGCCCCGCCCAACCUCCUCCGCCAGCUCGUGUCGACAACGGUACCGCCGUGUGGGGGCGCAACCAACGCGGUUCUACUUCUACGUCCCCUCCAACCGCCCCUACCACAACCACCAUCACCGUGACCACUACCAACCCCAUCCCCGCCGGCCCCACCGGCUGGGAGGAGCCGUCCCCGCCCACCAUGCGCCGCAUGAUGGAGGUCGACAACGGGACCGCGGCGUGGGGCGACCCCGAGGCCCACAACCGCAGGGUGUCGGAGCUGGGCAAGAGGGGUCAGCAACUGAGUGUUAGUGCCUUGCAGAACACCACAGCCCAAAUGAAUGUGCCAAAAUCCCCCGAUACGGGGACAAAGGGGUGGUCCGAACCACCACCGCCGCCGCCAUCUGCUUUCAAGCCCUCAGGGUGGGGCGACACCCCCACGUCUGUCGGGAGCCCGUAUGACAAGGGCACGUCCAUCUGGGGAGGUAAAACCUCCAGCUCCAGUUGGGGCGAUCCCGGGGAUGCCGCCUGGGGAACCUCCACCUCCAGCACUACACACAGUAAAUCUGGGUCUGAAUCUAUGCAAGAUGGGUGGGGCACGGAAGGGGAGGGCGGCAGCACCCCGGGCUGGGAGGAGGACGAGGCCUUUGGAACGUGGAGUGUCAGCGCUUCUCAGGAAAGCAACUCAUCUUACGGCAGUGGUGGAUGGACUAAUGUGGGCGGGAAGAAAAAAGUAAGUGCUAAACCUGUGGUAAAGGAUCCCAGCGUGUGGAAUAAUCGACAGUUGAAGCAGCUAGUAGACAUGGGAUUUCCAAGAGAAGAUGCUGAAAAGGCUCUGAAGACCAAUAAUAAUAACCUUGAAAGUGCCAUUGGGACAUUGUUUUCGUAUUUUCAUCCAGGUGUCCUGCUUCAAAAGAACGGUGUGGAAAGCAACAGCCACCUUGACUCUGACUCAGGAAAAGACCGUAACACCAAUCGUGUAUUGCCAGUGGGUCGUCAGAAGCGCUACUCUUCCAGAGCGGACGACCAGAUACCAGUAACAUCGCAUGACGAAGAUGAUUCCUCUGCCUUCAUUCCUAUCUCACAGCCCAAUCAGAUUCUCAAAAAUCCUUCACCCAUUCCACCUGGCCAACAAGCUGGCUUGAACAAACAGGGUGUAAACUACAACUUCAGUUUAAACCAAAAUUCAGGUGCCAUGAGCAGUAUUACUUCUUCAAGUGCAACUCCUACACUGCCGAAAGGAGGAGGCGGCGGUGGCGGAGGCGGUGUUGGCUUCAAUCCACAACAGCCCUUGACCCCUCCCAUGAACCCUAACCAACCAAUCCGUGGCCAGAUGAACCCGCUGGUCUUCCAGCAGCAGAUGCAGCAACACAUGCAGAUGCUGCAGAUGGCGGCGAGGAACGGGUUCCUGAACCAGGCGCUGCUGAACCCACAAGUCGCAGCUGCAGCCAGUGCCAACUCGGGCCCCAUGUCGCAGCAGGUGACCAGCCUGACACCUCAGCAGCUGAAGCUUGUCCAGCAGCUCCUGCAGCUCAGCCAGCUGCAGAACCAGCAGAAGGUUCUGAACCAGCAGCUGCUGCAGUACCAGGGUCAGCAGGGCGGGACUGGCAAGGGCAGUCUGAACCACCUCCAGCGGCAGCAGCAGGAGCUGGCCAUGCUCAUCCAGCAGAUGCAGCAGCAGAUCGUCAACCAGCAGCGGCUCAUCGCCCAGCAGAGCCUCAUGCAGCAGAAGCAGAAGCCCGACCACCACUUCGGCGUGGAGCCGCGAGACCAGGAGCGCGUGGGAAACAACGUCACCUCGGCUCUGGGGAACCUGAACAUGAACGUGGAUGCUGGGAUGAAGGAGCCCCCACUCUCCCAACCUACUAUGCAAUCCCGUCUCAACCAGUGGAAGCACCCAUCCCAUCAGCCACGCGAAGACAGCAAUGACGACUUCGGUCGCAAGCCCGGUGCCAUCGGGAGGUCCCGGUCCCAGAACAAUUCGACUCACGGCUACGGAGGAGGUCCGUACGACAGCUUUCCUACAGACGACCCCCUGAAUCACACCACUGUCACGUCUCCAAUCAUGUCCACCCAGAGUGACACAUGGUCCGCCAUUUCCCCGUCACCGACCGAUGCCUCGUCUCGCAGCUCCAGCCAGCAGUGGUCCUCUGCCAUCGAUGCCGACCUGAGCAGCAUGUUGCCUCCCGAGUUCAAGCCGGGAGAACCCUGGAAGGGACUGAAGGACUACGCCAACGACCCGGACGUGACUCCGGGCAGCGUCGCUCGGUCCAUCUCCCUCAACAUGGUGAAAGAUUCGGACAUCCUCAAGCUCACGGGGGAACAGUACAAGUCCAGCAAGGACGACCCUGCCAGCUCCACCUCUGCUCUUCUCUCCUCCACAACUUGGUCCUUCAGUGGCAGCUCUUUAUAUAGCAAUACUUCUGCAAGUGGCUCCAACAAAGGCAAUGUCAAAUCUACCUGGAGCAGCUCGUCUCCUCUCAGCCCAAGCGCCUACCCACCCAGCACCAUCACCAACGAGAUCUGGCGGGCUCCCUUGCCGUCAAAGAAGGGCGUCAUGCCGGCGCGUCCCCCGCCCGGACUGAACGUAACAAAGUCCUCGAUGUGGUCCAGCGGUGGCGGCGGCGGCCGCGGGAGUUCUGGCGAGUACAACGUGGGGGGCUCCGGAGGCAGCGGAGGAUCAGGAUGGGGCUCUGGUGAGCUGCUAUACCCUAUAGGGUCAUUCCCCAGCAUGUGGAGCGGAGGAGACACAGCACCUCCAGGUCGCCAGGCUCCCUCUAACUGGCUCAUCCUGAAGAACCUCACGCCUCAGCCUAACGGGAUGUCCCCCUCCCUCUGGCAGAUUGACGGCUCCACCCUGCGCACCCUGUGCAUGCAGCACGGCCCCCUGCUGACAUUCCACCUCAACCUGUCCCAAGGCUGCGCCCUGGUGUGCUACAUGAGUAAGGAGGAGGCCGCCAAGGCCCAGAAGAGCCUGCACACCUGCGUCCUGGGGAACACCACCAUUCUUGCCGACUUCAUCAGCGAGGACGAGGCGCGCCGCCUGUUCGAGCAGAACAACAGCCAGGCCGCGUCGUCGUCGUCAUCCAGCGACCGCUACUCGGAUCGCUACGGCCCGUCCUACGGAGGGCGCGGAGAUGCCCAGCAUUACAUCGGGCGCGGGGACGGGCAGACCUACUCCAGCCGCGGGGAGAACCAAUCGUACGGGAGCCGCGGAGAGAACCGGACCUACGGGGGACGCGGCGAGGCGCAGGCCUACGGCAGACGUAACGACCCCCCACCCUUCAGUGGGCCGCCCAGCGACUCCCACUGGAACGGAAGCAGCAGCGUCGGAGGCCUUAGCAGCAUGAUCCCCGGAAACAGCAUGUGGUCCAUACAGGCUGGGUCCAGCGGAGGCGGGGGGUGGGGCACCGGAAACGACACGGACUCCAGAGGAGUCGUCAGCCCCAACGCGCUCUCCACCCUUCUUCCAGGAGACCUUCUUGGAGGCGAAAACAUGUGACUUUCUGUAGCUCAUGGCUACAGCAUGGGAAGGAGUUGACGAAGUUCACUCCGACCCAGAUGAUGUGCAAACCUGGGGGAGAUGGAACUCUCCAUCCCAGAUUGAAUGCAUUGCCAUUUGAUUUUGCCAGGAAGAACAAUUAUAUGAUAGCCUAUUGAGGAAUGCAAGCCAAUCAUGUCAUUCAGCUGGGAAAAUUCCUUCCAGUAGGUUUAUGUGUGUUCCCUGUGUGGUGUUUCGUGUUACCAGCUCUCUUCAGGUCCCUUUCUUCCCUGCUAGGGAUCGAAGAGAAAGAACACAAGAGCUUUUAAAUCAUAUCAUGGAGAGGAUUCGCUCCCAAAGAUGGGUGCUGUUUUACUUGAAGAAAGAAAUAUAUGUGUGUGCUUGCCUAAAGCUGUAAUACUUUGUAGUGGCUAUAAUUAUUAUACAAUAAAUCAGAUGCACAUAGGUUGCACGUA